AUGCCCCCAGGAUCUCGAAACACCACGGUCUCAACCAGCAUGCUUGUAAAGUUUGCUGUCGAGCUCGAGCUCGGUCCUACAUCGGUUCGCGACGAGCUCAUUCGGGCUGUGCGCGACAAGUUUGGUAUCACGAUCUCGUCAUCGCGCGUGGCCCUCGUCAAGAAGGGCACCAAGAAGCGCCAGGUAGACACGAUCAAGGACCAGUUUGCGAAGCUCUCGCCCUACCUCAAGAAGCUGGUCGAAGCCAACCCAGGGAUGUACGCGGCCUUCACGAAGACCGGGUCGUCCUGCCACGGCGCAUUUUGCGUUCCCGCUUGUUUCCGCCAAGACGCCAAGAUGCUCCUUCUACCCAUCGUAUUCCUCGGUGCUCGUCCCAUCAAAAACGACAUGCGCGACGUCGGCACCUUGCUUUCGGCAACGUCAAGGGACGGCAACGGCGGCAUCGUACCGAUUGCCUUCGCCCUCGUUCAAGGAGACCUCGUCGACACGUGGAACUGGUUCUGCGCGCACUUGGCGUUGGCGGGUGUCGCCGAUUUCAUCGGUUGGUCAUUCGUCUCCGACCGCCACCUAGCCGUGGCCGGGUACAUGUCCAACAUUCCCACACGACACUGGGCGACGUUUGCCUCCAUCAAAGACGGCGUUCCAACUUUUGACGCGGCGGCGUCCGAGUCCUCCGACCAUUGGCUCGGAGCUGAUCUCGGUGGCAGCGAUCCGGUCGGAGUGUUCUACUUCUACCUCAGCCGCCUGAACAAGACUUUCAACGACCGACUCGAAAUGCACUCGAAGGGGUCGGGCAUGCUCACAAACAACGAAACCACGGCCUUCGACGCCGUCUCAGUCGAAGCUCGCAACUGCACGGUCACGGACCUUCGCACAGGCCACAGCUUCAUCGUCACACACUCGAAGCACAGGACACCCGACAAGGCACGUUUGGUGGACAUCACAGCCAAGUGCGGGGCGUGGCAAGACCACUUAAAACCGUGCAUGCACGCAGUCGCAGUCGCGAUGUUCAUCGGUGCCGAGCCACUCACGUGGUACCAUACAGCCUACCGCCGCGAUGCCUGCGUCUCGCUGUACCGCAACCCGCUGAAAAAUGCGACGACAAGCAAAUGA